CUCUUCUUGAUUUACUGCCAAACCUCUCAGCAGAGCAGGGAGUUACGCUAUAGCAGAGAGAAUGCUUUUAUUUUCUGUGCUGCCUUUCCCCCCACUUUGUGUAUUUAUUUUCUUAUUUUGGGCUCCAGGCAUUUCUGAGGCUAUGUGAAGCUGCAUAUACAUGAACAGAUUACUCGCAGAUGCACAUAUCAUUACAAGGAGUUGCUUGCUGCCCAGAACUGGUAUGGCAGGGUUAACACUGCUUCCUGGUUUUGUAUUACCCUAAGAAAUAAUCAUGUUAGUGCCUUUGAGUACCCUUUGAGAUUUCCUGUGUACAGUGAUAGUAGCAGGGCCUCAGGCAGAGAAAAGGCGGGUUUCCCCCACUCACGUCUCACCUGGAAGGGAAUUUCCAUCUUGCACAAAUCUACUGCAGGACUUACAAUUGUUCAGAUAUAUAAGGCUCAUAACAGUAUGUGAGCAUUUUGUAUGAUCUCUCUGGGGAGCUGUAAAAGGAUUGUCCACCUCUGCAUUUCGUUCAAUAUCUGGUACCUUUAGGACUCCUUAAAUCAACUGGAAGAUGGCAGAAGCAGUACUGAUUGAUCUGUUCAGUCUACAAAUGAACUCACAAACUAAUGACAUUCAGAAGUUAUUAUGUAGCAUGCUAGAAAGGAUUGAAGAACGCUUCUCUGCCAGUGCUCCAUUUGUUUACAUAAUGUGCUACCAAACUCCAAGAAGUGAAAGGAGCAGUGAACAAGAUUUGUUACUUAAAGUAAUCAGCAGUUUUCAGAUUCUGAAGAAAGGAAUUGAGGUUGUGUGCAAGACAAGUACAGCUGCUGCCUUGUACACCAUUAAACAAAAACUAGAUGAAAAGGAUUUAAGCAUCAUUAAAAUAAUUUUACCAGUACAAAGGAAAGCCUUAAUGGAAGUGUUUAUAGACCACCUAUUCACUGCUGUUUACCAGUUUCAGUUUGAGGAUUUUGGGGUGGAUUGUGAAGGAAACAACCUCCAACAAAUAGCUGAACCUCAGAAUGACAUACAAACACUUCCUGCCCAUGAGAUGGAACUCAUCAGGAAUGAGAUUCAGACAUACUUGGAAAGUCUGCCAGACCUGAAAGGGAAGCUUACCAUUCUAAAAUCUUCCUUGAUCCCAGGUCACAUCUUCCUACAUGGGUUCACCACAAGGACAGGUGGGAUCUCUUAUAUACCAACGCUCAGCUCCUUCAACCUCUUCAGCAGUUCCAAGCGAAGAGAUCCAAAGGCUGUAGUUAAAGAAAACCUACGCAGGUUAGCUAAUGCUGCAGGUUUUGACUCUGAGACAUUUCACAGUGUGAAGGUCAAUCAUGCCAGUGAUGUUUGGAUUAUGGGAAAGCCCCAGCCUGACAGCUAUGAUGGAAUAGUAACGAAUCAGAAAGAUGUGACAAUAGCAGCUCCCGGCGCUGACUGCAUACCUGUGCUUUUUGCUGAUCCUGUCAAAAAAGCAUGUGGAGCUGCUCAUUCUGGAUGGCAAGGCACUUUGUUAGGAGUUGCUAUGGCUACAGUAAAUGCUAUGAUAACAGAAUAUGGCUGUAAUGUUAAGGAUAUACUUGUGGUGCUGGGCCCAUCUGUUGGACCGUGCUGUUUUACACUUCCUCAGGAAUCAGCAAAGGAAUUUUACAAUCUUGAUCCAAAAUGUGUCAGACAGUUUGAAUCUCCAGCUCCCUAUAUUGAUAUUAGAAGGGCAACACGAAUUCUUCUAGAGACUGGAGGGAUUCUGCCUCAGAACAUACAGGAUGAUUCUGUCACUGACCAAAACCAAAGUCUCACUUUCUGCACAGCAUGCCACCCUGAUACAUUUUACUCUCACGUUCGUGAUGGCACUAACUUUGGCACACAGAUUGGCUUCAUAUCGAUCAGAGACUGAGGCAGUGUCUCUUAUCCUUGAGUAGUAAUCGGACAAUAACUGUUAGCAUUGCCUGACAUCUUACUCUCCUGAUAGUAGGCCUCUCCCCUUUCCUUCACCUGAUAAGUGCUGAGGAAGAAGUGGACUUAUCAGAAGGGAUUUGUAACUGUUGGGAUGCCUUGUUCCCCUGUGGGAGGUGAGACCAGCAGCCGGAUGAAAGAGCCAGAGACUGGGUUGCAUGGGGAAUUCUCAUGGAAAGAGAAGAUCUUUGGGAGCUAGACUAUCCAUGCACAACACCCCUAAACCUUUCUGAAUUAUACCAGCAACAUGGCUCCAUUGUCUGACUUCCAUUUUCUACCUCCCAUAUUCCCAGACCUCUGUAGUGUGGGAAAGCCCUGAAGAGAGUUACUGCUUCUCUCAGAGCGGCAGUAACGUUCAGUAAGCUGCAGCAUCGAUUGUGUUGACCUGAAAGCAGAGCAUGCUGUGUAGAGCUGCUAUUUUCUUGACUCCUCUCCGUCCCGGGCAAUGUUGCUACCAAUUUCAUGAAGCUGGGUUUCUGCACUGAAGCCCUUGGUAUCUACACAAUAGGGAGGUAUUUUCAAAUCCUUCUUUCCUCUCUAUCUGCCCACUCCUCCGCCCUUUCUGCUCACACUGAUUUCCCACUGCACUGAGCAGCCAAGUGCAUCAUAUGCUACUUAGUAGUCGGACAGCUGGCAGGCACCAAGAGGUCAGUAAAAAGGAGUGCAAGCUCUAGCUGUGGGCAUGCCAUUUUAAGAGACAGAGAAUCAGAGGAGAGCGACAUAUUGGAGAGGGGAUGUUUCUUUUCUAUUUUGUAUAUUUCUUGGCUCUCAUCUUCCCAUGCCUGUAUGCUGGGUGGACUGAAAUGUUUGAGCUCAUUAUGAAAGUUGCAAAGGGAUCAUUAGAAAUACAUAACCAAAGUUUCAUGAUUUGGUUUCUGCUUAUUUUUUCCUAGUGGAUUUUAAUUUAAGAUGAUUAAAGUUCCUAAGCUAGCUUCACUGGACACUAAGUCCUUUCUUAGUGAACAAGGUCAGUUUCAGGCUUGAACAAUCAGUGGAAUUGCAAAUUUAUACAAUUCCAGGUAAGCUCGAUGGCUCCUCUCAGCAUCUUGGUCUCACUAGACCUUUACAGUUCAAGCAAAGUUCAAAGCUGAAGAAGGUCAAGUGAGAACUCCUCUUCUGAUUUGGCAAUGCGACUUGGCCUGGAUGUGUCUCUGUUACAGGGGUUGGCAACCUUUCAGAAGUGGUGUGCCGAGUCUUCAUUUAUUCACUCUGAUUUAAGG